AUGCCCCGCGUUGCAAAGCACCGCCGUUCUGGCGGUGCCUCUACUCCACACAAAAAUUCGCCUUUGAAGAUCCCACUUAAUGAUGACUUGGAUGGACAGAUCAAGGCCGCUGUUAAGACCCCUAUGCCCCCUCGCCGGUAUACCGGCUAUGAUCGCCCUUCCAGCCUAAGUCCCGCCACCCCGCGCGGCUCAGGACACCGAGGACGCGAGAGUGACCCAGAUGGCCGGAGAGCCGUGACCCCGAUGAAACGUGUUCCCAUACUAGCAAACUUUGAAGAGUGGAUGAAGAUGGCGACUGACAACAAGAUCAAUGCGAACAAUUCAUGGAACUUCGCCCUCAUCGAUUAUUUCCAUGACAUGUCCUUGCUGAAGGAAGGCGAUGGGGUGAACUUCCAAAAGGCAAGCUGCACGCUGGACGGCUGUGUCAAGAUUUAUACGAGCAGAGUCGACAGCGUUGCUACGGAGACUGGAAAACUUCUCAGCGGCUUAGCCGAUAGUCGCGAUAAGAAGACUCGUGAGGCCGGUGCAGACGGGGAAGAGGCCGAGGACGAGGAUGAGGAAGGGGAGGACGGGACGACCAGAAAGACGCGGCGAAAGCAACGCUCGCACGAAUCGACUCUAGCCCCGUCAUUCGCUGCUCUCCAACUUAAAAAGUUUGAACUUGAGUUCGCGGUCGAUCCACUAUUUAAAAAAGCGUCGGCGGAUUUUGAUGAAGGGGGUGCCAAAGGUUUACUUCUUAACCAUCUGGCGAUUGACAGCCAAGGGCGAAUCGUAUUUGAUAGCAGCGAUGACGCUGCUGAAGAAGGCUCAAAAGAGAUAGAUGGUGCCGAUCAAGAUGCAGAAGAUCUGGGACGACCAGGUUCUCCCUCAUCUACCUCAGGUCAAUCCCCAGGUGAUGUGUUCGAGGACAGUAUGGAUAUCGAUAUAAUCCCAUUGGCCACUCAAUUUUUCCCCGACCUGGAUCAGCUGGACGAGCAGGAUAUUUGCCCGUCGCUGAAGAACUUUGAUCUUGGCGAUCCAAGCGGAUCUUUGGAUAUCCCUUUCCUCAAGGCAUCAGAUGACUGGCGAAAUGAGAAGAGCCACGAACAAGGACGAAGCGCAAACGACGCGUCUGGCAUCAUGCUCGAUGAUGACAAUGCUGUGGGAUUCGACGACGAUGACGAUGCUACGCUGGCUAGCUUUGACCUUACCGGGGAUGCUGGCUUCGGGGAUGGCGGUGAGGCAUGGGCCCGUGAAGCUGCUUUAGAGCCAAUGCUCAAGGUUCACCGUGUGGACCUGGAAGGCGAUGAGAAUCGGGAUGGCGAAGAACUUGACAAUGACGAUGUAUAUGCAAUAUCUCUUAGCCACCAUCCCAACAGCCGAGACCAUGAAACCAUCCUCAGCUAUUUUGACAACGCACUGCAGAAAAAUUGGGCAGGACCAGAACACUGGAAAAUCCGAAAAAUUAAAGAGCAUGCAGCUGCUAACACCGCAACUGCAGCGCCGAAACAGCGAAAGGAGAAAGAACCCUUUGAAAUCGACUUCACUGCCCCUCUGGAUCCGUCUGUGGCGGAGUUGAUGUACACUCCUGCUAGCUCUAACUCCAUGAUUUCCCUGCCAAAAACACAGUGGAAAACUAAAGGCCGUAAUCUUCUCCCAGAUGACAAACACUUCAACUCGCGACAGUUGCUUCGUCUAUUCCUCAAGCCAAAAGCAAGGAUAGGCUCCAAGAAACUGGUGGGAUCCCGUCCCUUCAAUCUUCGACGGCAGGAACAAACAUCAGGCAAUGGGGACAUGGACGAGGCCUUCUGGGCAAAUCACAAAUCAGAAGCUGAUACCGGAGCAGCUGGGGAAGAAGGCGCUCCUAGGGUAUAUGAUGCCAACUUCUUUGCGGACGAUGAUGGCCUUGCAUUCCCGAAUGGCAUCGGAUUAGAUGACGACGAUGACGAUAACCUCCCAUUCGCAGAUGCAAGAGAGAUGCUGUCUCCCCCAUCUGAUGGACCUGCAGGCUCCUCGGCUGGAGAAGCAGGCGGAACCUCAGGUCUCGCGGCACUGCUGAAUGCGGUUGGUGCAGCUCCUGGCACUGCUUUACAGAGUGGUGCUGGAGGAUUCGGGUCACAGCUUGUAACGCAGGGCGGCCGAAGAGCACGCCCAGACUAUGUUGCGUAUGCACGGGUCGCCAAAAAGGUGGACGUGCGGCGGCUCAAACUGGAAAUGUGGAAGGGCAUGGGAGAACAAUUGGUGACCUCGACACACUUCGAGCCCACGCAAGCAGAGACUAUCAACAGUCCCGCCGUCGAACAGGAACCGCUAACACCCACGCCAUUAAGCAACAACUCAGAUCAAGUUCCCGAUAGUGGAACCAAUGGGCUGCGUUUCACUCAGAUCAUGAAUUCACUCAAAUCAGUCUACCCUCGGGAAACACUGCGUGACAUCAGCACCUCGUAUGGGUUUAUUUGUCUGCUUCAUUUAGCCAAUGAACAAGGACUGGUCUUGCAGAAUGACAAUCGUUCCAAUAAUGAUGGCGAAGCCAAGCUCGAAGAAAUCUUCGUUGUUAAGGAUGUCAACGCUGUCAUCGAAGAAGCAAUGUAA